AUGCUAACUCAGUCGAUCAACUCAGACACAUUCGGUCGCCUAGUGUAUGGCGGCACGACCUAUCCCGAGUGGCAGCACGUCCGCAAGACUUUAAACUUCUACUCCAACGGCCCCACCGACGGCGUCUCGUCGACGCAGAUCCGGUGCUACGAAGCCGAUCCCGCGGACAGGGGUACCGUGACCACCAUCCCGGUCACCGCGGGCUCGACGAUAGGGUUCGCGGCAAACAGCGUCGUGGGACAUCCCGGGCCCGCGAGCUUCUACAUGGCCAAGGUCCCGUCCGGCCAGACGGCGGCAACCUGGGACGGCAGUGGAGCCGUCUGGUUCAAGAUCUACCACGAGCGUCCGACGAUCACCAGUAGUGGCCUGGAGUGGGCGUCGUACAACACUCAGGUUCUCUCGACCAAGAUACCAUCCUGUCUCGCCAAUGGAGAGUACCUCGUCCGCGUUGAGCACCUGGCCCUGCACGGCGCCGCAACCGAAGGCGGAGCUCAGUUCUACGUCGGCUGCGCCCAGGUUUCCCUCUCCGGCGGCGGCAGCAAGACCUUCUCCGGCGUGUCGUUCCCCGGAGCCUACAAGUCGACCGACCCGGGCAUUCUCUUCCAGCCGUACUGGCCGACCCCGACCAGCUACACAAACCCUGGCCCCGAUCCGAUCAGCUGCUAA